CUCCGCCGCGCCCGCAACCUGCUGGUCGGCCCUCUUGUCGAGGAGUGGACGUUCCGCGCGUGCUCCUGCCCGCUGCUCUCCUCGGCGGGGUACUCGGACGCGCAGGCGGUGUGGCUGAGCGCCGUCCUCUUCGGCGCGGCGCACAUCCACCACCGCUACGACGCAAAGGUGCCCUGGGUCGCCGUGCUGCUGCAGUUCGUCUACACGUCCCUCUUCGGCGCCUACUCGUCGUACCUCUUCCUCCGCACGGGGCUCAUCUACGGCCCGCUGCUGGCCCACUCGUUUUGCAACCUGAUGGGCCUCCCCUCCUUUGGGCGCGUGCCCGGCCACCGCCACGCCUGGGGGCUCGCCGCCGCCUACCUCGCCGGCAUGGCCUCCUUUGUC